AUGGCUGAGGGGCGGCCCGACGGCAGCGGGAAGGGCAGGAAGAGGCGCUCGGCCGGCACGGACAGCCCGCCCAGCCUCGCGUGGCUGCGGGAAUUCUCCGUCAAGGACACCGGCAUGGCCAGGCCCCCGUGGAUCCCAGACCCCCUCGACCGCCCCGGGAGCCCCAGCUUUGCUGCCCCCUGCUCCCCCCCGGCUGCUGACCCGGCGUGCACGGCCGUGCCCCGCACUCCCGCCCACCCCGGCUCCUCUUCCCCCGGGAGGCCGGCGCAGCGCACCAUGGCCGCGUGCCCUCAGCUGCCAGAGGACGCGGGCUGCGAGAGCGACGCGCAGGUCAAGCCGCCGUACUCCUACGCCAGCCUCAUCUGUAUGGCGAUGGAAGCCAGUGGGGAGCCCCAGAUCCCCCUCUCGGCCAUCUACCGGUGGAUCACGGACAACUUCUGUUAUUUCCGGCACGCCAACCCCACCUGGCAGAACUCCAUCCGGCACAACCUCUCCUCCAACAAGUGCUUCAUCAGGGUGCCCCGGGAGAAGGAUGAGCCCAGGAAAGGAGGCUUUUGGAAGAUGGAUCCCCUGCGUGCCGAGCGGCUCCAGAAGGGUGCCUGCAGAAAGCGGAGGAGGUCCCCAGCGCAGACCCACCCGGCCUUCACAGAAGCAGCCCAGCAAGAACCAGGGUGUGACGCCAGCCCAGCCACUCCAGUGUGCACCCCCACGAACGUCCUCAGGGUCAGCAGAGAGUCGCAGCAGCUGCUGCAGGAGUUUGAAGAAGUCAUGGGCAGCCAGACCUGUGAUCCAGCUGGGGGCCAAGCAGGGCAGAAGCACCAGCAGCCCUUGCCCACCCGACCGGCCAAGGUGGCUCGGCUUUCCAGCUCUGACUUGCUGAGCCAGGAAGAGCAAGAGGAGCUGGGAUCCUUGAAAGGUGACUGGGACUGGGAGGCCAUCUUCAACACCAGCCUGAACGCAGACUUGUCCACUUUUGGGGAUCUGGACCUUCUGCCUCCAACCGGCCCCAUCAUGCAAGACCUAGACUUGAUGGUCUGUGGGCAGCACACCGAGGGUCCCCAGGGGCAGGAGCAGGUCCUCACUGAAUCCCAGCAGAACAGCCCGGGCUGGGAUGAAACCUUCAUGGCUGCUGCUCUCCUGCAGAGUCCCUGGGACGAAGGGACAAGCGAUUGCCUCACCAACACUGUCAGCAUGGAGGAGGUGUUUGAAUGCGAUGACGCCCCUUCGCCAGAGGAAUGA